AUGAUUAAUGAUCAAACAAAAACCAAUGGUUUUAUACUUAGUUCGGUUUCUCUUGGCUUUAGUACAUUUGCAUGUUUGAUAUCAUGCAUAAUUUUUCUUAUUAUUAUAUAUCAUCUUUAUCAUAAUCAUGUCAAACGUGAAGACAAAAUAACUGUUGUUAUUUGUGGUCAUAUAUAUUUAGUACUUUUAAUAUAUUCAUCAAUAUUAAUAUCAAUGAAUAUUCGAGCAAUUCUGGGUGAUUUAUAUAAUCAAUCUUUUAAUUCAUCAUGGUGUAUUUUUUCAGGAUAUUUAGUUCUUGUAUUGCUUGGUAUGUUAUACAUGAUGUUUGUAAAUCAGGCAUUCUAUCGUCUUAUUCGAGUUGUUUAUUAUCGAAAUAGAUGGUUUCAAUCUUUAAAAUUAUAUAUAGUUUUACCAUUUAUAGAAAUAAUAAUACUAACAGUUAUUCUUCUAUGUGUUGCUAUACCUUUGAAUGCUGUAACAUAUCUACCAAAUGAUUAUUUUUGUUAUGCAACAUUCACAAAUAUUCCUGGUAUUCUUUCGGUAGCAUCUAUUGUUUAUAUGGGUCCAUUUUGUUGUAUCUUAUUUAUUUACAUACAUAUAACAAGAUUUAUUCAUCAACAAGGAAAUAUUCAAACAUUAGUAGUCAAACAAAGACAAUCACGAGAUUUACUUAUUACUCAACGUAUUCUAAUUAUUGUUAGUUUAUUACUUAUUCUUGGAAUACCUGGAAUGACUCUUAUAUUUAUGUUUAUAAUAACAGGUGAAGAACAUCCCAUACUUGCUCGAAUUGCAUUUUUUCCAGUUAGCGCAUCUCAAAUGGGAUUGAGUGUAGCAUUGCUUUUUUCUAUUCCACAACUGAAAAAAAUUGUUCUAAACUUACGAACAAUAAACACAGUGAUGCCAGUCAAUCAAACCGCACGAGGCACAGUGCAAAUGAGAACAAUUACGGGUACUCAAUAA